AUAUAGUAUUGCAUUAUUUUGGCUGCAUCAUAGGAUGAGCCCACUAUUUUGUUGGACAGUAAUUCCUGCCAAUGAUUGGCGCUUACUGAAUGACUCAACGCCAUCUAACUUAUGCAAUGCAACACAGUACAUCUGCAAAUCCGCACAGGAUAACAGCUUCAUCUUCACCCGCUCGAAGACAAUAAUCUAUCAAAAUGUUCCAAAUAACCUACUUCAUCCCCAAACACCACCAAUCCCAGAUCCUCGCCCUCCCCGUCCAAAAGAUCAUCGCUGCCGCCCACGAAAAGAUCCAAGAUAAAACCACCCCCACCAACCACUGGUGUUUCUAUAUCCUCACAUCGCCUGGCCAUUCCGUCCAACUCGACUGCCAGCCCAGCUACUCUAUUCCCAGUAUCCAUCUACCAGGGGGGUCCAAGGCGAAUAUCAUCAUCUCGGAGCUCGAUUGUGAAGUGCCAAGCACUGCUCAGGGAGAGGCAAGGUUUUAUCUAGAUAUUAGAGCUGGAUUGACUGUUGGGGAUGUUUAUGAUAGGCUUGUUGAGAAUGGUCGGCACAAGUAUGAGUUUGAUUCGGAUGGAGUUGGAUGCAGAUAUUGGGUGAUUGAUCAGAUUCAGUUGUUAUAUCGAGAUGGGAUUGUCGUUGAUGAAGGGCAGGUUUUGAGAGUGAAAGAGGCGGUUUGUAUGCUGUGGCCGGAUCGGACUGUUCUUGAGCUGGAUCAGGGGGUUUAUUAUGAGUAACAAGUUGAUAUUCGAUGAUAUGAACAAUUCUGUUGCCUGAUUCAUUCAUAUUGAUGCUAUUCACUCUAUCUCCGGAUGAGAAUGAGUUUGGUUGUACUAGACAUGAAUAUCAUGGAAGCCUGGAAGAACUAUGGCAAAGAACAUGCUAUGUGCUUUUGUCGAAGAGCUAGGGCAGGAGUAAUUCUGUUGGAUAGACUACAAAUUGGAUCCUGUAUUUGAUUAUGAGUGAGGGUCGAGCUGCCUGUUUCGACAAGUCGAUAUGAAUAU